AUGAAGAUAAAAUUACUGAAUUAUUGCAAAAAAUUAUUAAACAAAAUUUAAAAAUUAAUGAAAAGCUUAAAGAAUUAUUGGUAAAACAAAAGGCUAUUGAAGAAUGGUUUAAUCAAAUAGAG